AUGGCAGGCUCUCUCGCUCUGCUGGUGGAAGCUGAGCAAUCCGGACUCUUACAGCCUACAUCGGACCGCCCAGAAUUGACCGCGCGCGCGCAUACGCCCGGUGGCAGACUCUCGGACCACUCAGGACUGACGGCGAGCAUACGCAGGCCCGGUGGCAGACUCUCUCGUUCUGCUGGUGAACGCCAUGUCCUCGGCAAGCGUUCUUCGUUCACUCUAUCAUGGGGGCGCGCCCUCGUACCCUCCGACGGUUUCUGCAGAAUCGAGUCCGUGACGUACAUGGAGGCCUCUUUCGCCUCGACGAAGUGCUCGAGCCACGUUGCAUAA